GACUGUGUUGCAGCAGUUCCGCUGAAUGUCCGCUACUGAAGAAGGGAUUAGUGAGCAACACCCCGGGACGACAUCGCCUUCUGAGUUUAUUGGCCACUGGACUUCACCGUUUGCCACGAAUAAAGGAUAGCCUUACAAUUUGCCCCUCUUCGGAGAUUUAGGGAUGAACUGAGGAUGAAUGUAAACCAGCACACUCCUAUGGCCUCUCCCUACGGCCAGCCCCAGCCUGGCUAUGGCCAGCCCGGCUACGCUCCCCUGGAUGGAGGGUACCCGGCCCAGUAUGCACCCUACAAUGGCCCUGCUUCAGCCUAUCAGCCUGGAGUUCCACCACAAGGUUACUCUCCUUUUACAAGCUUUCCCUCUAAGGCUGUGGCAGCCAACCCAGUCUCUGACCUCUCCUCUCCUCUUGACUUAGGUCCUGCUAGGGGUCCUCCCACCUCGGUACCCCCUCCAGUCUCAGCCCCUCAACAGUAUAAUCAGUACAGCCACAAUCAAGGGGACAUACAAAAUGGCACCACACCAAUGACACAGGCACCACCCAGGCCUGCUGUAUCUCAGCCAUACAACCAGGGAGCUGCAAACCUGACAGGGUCACACCCUUCCUACCCACAACACUACGUACCUCCUCCCACAAUGCAGCAGGUCACCAACCAAAUGACUCGGAUGCAGAUGUCUUCUGGACCACCGACUCCUGCGGGGCCAGGAUAUGCUCCUCCUCACAGCUCACAACCUCCCAUCAGUACCUCCUAUCAGCCUGCACCUCAGCCCUCCUACACCCAAGCCCCCCCUCCUGUGUCCUCUGCUCUUACACAGCCACCACCUUCCAGUGGUCCUGCUGCUCCUCAGCAGUACUUUGCAGGCCCACCACCUCCCUCUCAACAGCAGUUCACCUCUUCUCUCCCCCCUACAUCUCAACAGCAGUUCACCUCCUCUGUUCCACCACCUCCUUCUCAACAAACUUUUCCUCCCUCCUCCUUUUCGGGUCCCGUCCCUCCACCGAGUCAAGCUCCUGCUCCCCCAGUGUCCCAGUCACAGCAACCUUUCCUCGCUCCUCAGCCUCCUUUCUCCUCAGCACCUCCACAUGUUAGCCAACCUGGCUUUGCAGCUGGCCCACCUCCACCUGCCCAAAGCUCCUUCCCACCUCAUCCACCCCCUUCUUCCUCUCAGCCAGGCUCUUUUCCUCCUCCUGGUCCUCCUCCCACUUCAGCUGCCUCUGGCCAGUACCCCACCCCUAUGUCACUCCAACAGCAGCCGCCCACAACCCAGCCAUCCUCAUACCACCCAGGACCCCCUCCACUUAGAGCUCAGAUGCCUCCCACCUCCAGCCACCUGCCUCCAGGACCACAGGGCCCUUCAUGUCCACCAGGCCCUCCCGGGCCUCUUCAGCAGCCUGGUUCUCCACAGACAGGAUACCCUCCUCAACAGAAUGGUGCAUUUGGACAAGUAAGAAGCCCUCAGCCUGGUUAUGCAGGCCCUUAUCCUGGACAACCAAACUAUGGAGCUCCUACACCAGCACCAGGUCCUGCUCCUGCACAGAAAAGACUUGACCCAGAUGCCAUUCCUAGCCCGCAAGCGUCUGACAUGCCGGCUGUGCAGAAAUCAAGACAUAGAAUAGAUCCAGAUGCUAUUCCCAGCCCAAUCCAGGUAAUAGAGGAUGACAAAGCUAAGACCACCGAGCCGUUCACCACAGGGGUCAGAGGUCAGGCCCCGCCACUGGUCACCACCAACUUUCAAGUCAGAGAUCAAGGGAAUGCCAGUCCACGGUUCAUUCGCUGUACAGCCUACAAUAUACCUUGCACAUCCGAUAUGGCAAAGCAGUCUCAGGUGCCACUGGCAGCUGUCAUCAAGCCCCUCGCCACGCUGCCACCAGAUGAGACCCCUCCAUAUUUGGUGGACCAUGGAGAGAGUGGUCCAAUCCGCUGCAACCGAUGCAAGGCUUACAUGUGUCCGUACAUGCAGUUCAUAGAGGGGGGUCGCCGCUUCCAGUGUAGCUUCUGCAGCUGCAUCACAGAGGUGCCUCCACAUUACUUCCAGCAUCUGGACCACACCGGUAAGAGGGUGGACUGCUACGACAAGCCGGAGCUGUCGUUGGGAACCUACGAGUUUCUGGCCACUGUUGACUAUUGUAAGAACAACAAGCCUCCUCAGCCUCCAGCCUUCAUCUUCCUCAUCGAUGUGUCCUACAAUGCUGUGAAGAGCGGCAUGGUCAACAUCGUCUGCCACGAGCUCAAGAGCCUGUUGGACCACCUGCCCAGGGAAAACCCAGAGAUGGAUUCCGUGGUCCGGGUGGGUUUUGUCACCUACAACAAGGUUUUGCACUUCUACAACGUAAAGUCGAGCCUCGCGCAGCCCCAGAUGCUGGUGGUUUCUGACGUGUCAGACAUGUUUGUGCCCCUGCUCGACGGCUUCCUGGUCAACGUGAACGAAAGCCGACAAGUCAUCGAGAGCUUGUUGGACCAGAUCCCAGAGAUGUUUGCGGACACCAGGGAGACGGAGACGGUCUUUGGACCCGUCAUCCAGGCCGGACUGGAGGCCCUGAAGGCUGCAGACUGUGCAGGAAAGCUGUUUGUGUUUCAUACCAGUCUGCCCAUCGCAGAGGCUCCUGGAAAACUAAAAAACCGAGAAGACAAGAAGUUGAUUGGGACAGACAAGGAGAAGUCUCUUUUUCAUCCACAGGGGGGAAUCUACAACAACCUGGCUAAGGAGUGCGUGGCACAGGGCUGCUGCGUGGAUCUCUUUCUUUUCCCUAACCAGUAUGUGGAUAUUGCCACAUUAGAAGUGGUUCCCGUCUCCACUGGAGGUUCAGUCUACAAAUACACAUAUUUUCAGGCUCAAACGGAUCAAGAGCGAUUCCUGAAUGACCUCAGGCGAGAUGUUCAGAAACCCAUUGGCUUUGAUGCUGUAAUGAGGGUGCGAACGAGCACGGGUAUCAGAGCGACGGACUUCUUCGGUUCUUUUUACAUGAGUAACACCACGGAUGUGGAGAUGGCAGGUCUGGAUUGUGACAAGGCCGUCACUGUCGAGUUCAAACACGACGACAAACUCAGUGAGGAGACGGGGGCUCUCAUGCAGUGUGCCGUGCUGUACACAAGCUGCAGCGGCCAAAGGCGUCUCCGUAUCCACAACAUGGCUGUCAACUGUUGCUCUCAGCUGGCUGACCUCUACCGCAACUGUGAAACGGACACAAUCAUCAACUACUUUGCCAAAUAUGCUUUCCGGGGCAUUCUGAACAACCCCACCAAGGCAGUGAGAGACACUCUGGUCAACCAGUGUGCUCAGAUCCUGGCUUGCUAUCGGAAGAACUGCGCAAGUCCUUCGUCUGCUGGUCAGCUCAUUCUUCCAGAGUGCAUGAAGUUACUUCCUGUUUAUCUGAACUGUGUGCUGAAGAGCGACAUCCUGCUGCCAGGAGCUGACGUCUCCUUGGAUGACAGGGCUUACCUCAGGCAGCUGAUCAGCUGCAUGGACGUUGCUGAGACCCACGUCUUCUUCUACCCCCGCCUGCUGCCCCUGGUAAAGUUGGACAGCAGCUCUUUGCCGAUCGCAGUGAGAGACUCGGAGGAGAGACUGUCGAAAGGCGGCGUUUACCUGAUGGAGACGGGACUCCACCUCUUCCUGUGGGUGGGAGCCAGCGUUCAACAGGAGCUGCUCCUCAACAUCUUCGGCACGCCGAGCUUCAGCCAGAUCGACUCGAGCAUGACGAGCCUUCCUGUUCUCGACAACCCGUUCUCACAACGACUCAGAGAGAUCAUCGACUCCUUCAGAGCGCAGCGCUCACGAUACAUGAAGCUGAUGGUGGUGAAACAGGAAGACCGAACCGAGCUGAUAUUCAAGCACUUCUUAGUGGAGGACAAGAGCGCCAGCGGGGGAGCGUCGUACGUCGACUUCCUGUGUCACAUGCACAAAGAGAUCCGGCAGCUUCUCAGCUAGACCCGUCACCUUUAAGACCCCCGUCACCACCCUUCCCCAAACACCCAGCCUCUCUCACCUUUCACUCCUCUCCCCCAGAUUUUUAACCAUGUAAACUAAAACUCUCCUUGCUGUCAGCUGAGCAGCAGAUGACAUGUGUGUGUGAAAGUGUUUGGAGAUGAGGAUGUGGUGUUUAGUAAAGAUUUACUCCACCUCAAAUCUACGGCUCCAACACAGCAAAGAGCAAAAACCCCAACGAGGAAGAGUCAUGUACAUAAACAAGUAAACAUUAUGUAUGCAACAGACUGAGUGAAGGAGAAAGCUGAUAAAACUGUAGUUGCUGUACUGUCUAUUAUUAGCACUGAAAGGCUAUUAUUAUUAUUGUUGAUGUUUUUUUUGGGAAGCAACUUCAAUAGCAAACACUUUUUAUAUGAUUGAGUUCUGAUUCAGUGACAGACAUCUAUGUAUAAAAAUUAAACGAAAUAAAUGCUGUUCUAGAUGUCUCUUAUCCACUUUAAUCAUGGCCUUAGUAACCCCCCCCACCCCCACCUCCUCUCAUGCUGCUUCAUGUGUGCUUGUUUUCACAUUAGAGAGGAUUAGCCGCCGUUUUGCCCCGUUUUUAAUCUGCUGCGGUGAAUCCUAAUGCAAGCAUCUGGAUUUAGGUGUAGCUCAACCUGGACCAAUACAAAAUUUAUUUAAAACUUCCCUUUAAAAGUCAAAUAUUUGUUUUUAAAUGGUUGAUGUAAACUGAAAAUAAAGCAGUUUUAAGACUAAUUAAAUGGAGCAGAUUUGUUUAAUUCUGUUUUAUUAAACAAUGCCAACAUCUGGCUCAGAUUUCUGGACUGUUGGGAACCAGAUGUGCACUUUAGAUUUAUUUGCAGCACAGCGGAGGAGUGGGAGAUUUCUGAGGCGGGGGAGCUUUCCAGCUGAAACUGUCAUCACUGAUGUGUCGUGCUGCAGACUUUAUGUUAAUCACAAAUUUGAAUGAAAGGAAAGUUCCAGUAGAAAAUAUUAAAAAAAUAAAUAAAUAAAUAAGAAAUGACAGUGGAUGAGAGAAGUUGUUUUCAGUUGUCUUCACACUGAAGGUAAAAACUGUUCGGUGUGUAAAUAAAAGUAUAAAAUCUGUACAGAAUAAUAGAAAAUGACUGUUUUAAAGAAAUGCCUGAGCAGCCAUGUUGGUUUCAUGGGUUCUGUGUCACAAACAGCCGAGAUGUGAACUUUGCUGAAAAAGGAAGGACGGGGAGCUUGAUUUGUUUCUGAAUGUGUGUGCGAGUGAAUGGGGGUCGGUCCUGGUGAAUUUCUCACAAGGAACAGAGGGAUCAGCCAACACGAAU